AUGGAAGUUCAAAAACGACGAUAUAAUAUACGUUCUCUAAUAAGAUUUUUACAAGGUGUUGUAUUUGCAAUAUUUAUAUUUGCUAUUAUACUUAUGAUUUAUUUAAUAAGCAUUUAUCAUACACGUUUAACACCAUUUGUUAAUUAUGCAAUUGUAUUUGAUGCUGGUAGUUCACAUACAGAAAUGUUUGUUUAUUAUUGGCCAGCUGAUAAAUCUAAUGGUUUAGGUACAACAUCAACAGUCAAUGAACUUUUUGUUUGUCAAUUAGACACAAUAAGAUAUAAGGAUCCAAUAAAAGGCGAAACAACUAAACUUAAAGCUAUAUCUGAUUUUGAAAAAAAUCUUAAUAAAUUAGAAGAUUAUUUUCGACCAUGUUUAACAGAAGCUAUAGAAAGAAUUCCAGCAAAUCGUUACAAAUUUUCACCAAUAUUUCUUGGUGCAACAGCUGGUAUGCGUUUAUUAAAUAAGCGUGAUGUAAAAGCAGGAAGACAAAUAUUGGAAACAAUACGUGAUAUAUUUUCAAGAUCACCAUUUCAAUUUGUUGUUGCUCGACAAGUACGAAUAUUAUCGGGUAUAGAAGAAGCUAUUGAUGGUUGGAUAACAACAAAUGUUUUAUUAGAAAAGAUAACUCAUCGACAUGCACAGAAAAAAAUUCAACCAAAAAACGAACUUGAUGCCGAUAUGAUUGGUGUACUUGAUUUAGGUGGUGCUUCAACUCAAGUUACAUUUACUUAUAAUAAAACUAUUAAUAAUGAACCCGUUCCAGAUAAAUUUUCAGCUAAUAUUUCUUUAUUUGGCAAUACAUAUAAUCCAUAUGCGCAUAGUUAUUUAUGUUGGGGUAAAAAUGAAGGAUUAAAACGUCAUCGAGCUCGUCUUCUCACUGCUGCUAUCGAUACAAAUCCAAAAAUAUUUUCAAGUUCAGCAAGUCCUUCUAUAGAUGAUCCAUGUUUCGUUCCUGGUUUCAAUCAAACGCUACCACUAACUCAAAUUUUUAGUUCACCAUGUACAGUUAAUGAAAAACAAAAGUUGAUUAAUUAUAUCAAUAAAGCACCAUUGACCUUCGUUGGAACAGGAAAUUAUAGUCAAUGUCGUCAACUUCUUAUUAAUUUAUUUGAUACUAAACGUAAUGAUAAAAAAUUUAAUUGUUCAUAUAAACAAGAAUAUUGUACAUUUGAUCAUGCAUUUCAACCGUAUAUACCAUCAAAUAUACGUUUUAUUGGUUUAUCGGGAUAUUAUUAUGUAUUUAAUAGUCUUGCUUUUGGUAUGUCAAAAACUAAAAAUAAGUCACUUGAGCGAUAUGACUUUAAAGAUUUCCCACAAGAAGAAUUUGCUCAACGUCUUAACAGUGUAUGUGAAACUGAAUAUUCAAUACUAUAUGAACAAGAACAAAUGACAAACGUUACUGAAGCAUAUAAACGAAAUUUAUGCUUUGAUGCUACAUAUAUAUGGCUUUUAUUAACAUAUGGUAUUGGUUUUAAAGGUGAUGAUUUAAAACGAUUAAGUGUUGCUCAAAAUUUGCCAUCAGGUAAAGUUGGUUGGACACUUGGAUAUAUGAUAAAUCAAACAAAUUACAUUCCCGCUGAAUAUCGUGAACGAAUAAUAACCAAGAAAAGUUUUGUUGGCUGGUUAAUAAUUCGACAACGUGCACUUGCUCGUACUGUUGAAUCAGCAAAAUAUCUUGGAAGUAGCAAUGUUUUGGCAUUAUCAACAUCUCGACCAAUGUCGACAUCAACAACACAUCAUGCUUCUGCUCAAUCAACACCAGAAGUUUCAUCUAUCCUUGAACAAAAAAUUCUUGGCCAUCAAUCAAAACAAGAUCUCGAAGAAACUGGCCGAGUUUUAACUAUUGGUGAUGGUAUUGCCCGUGUUUAUGGUUUAAAAAAUAUUCAAGCCGAAGAGAUGGUGGAAUUUUCUAGUGGUUUAAAGGGUAUGGCUCUUAACUUGGAACCUGAUAACGUCGGUGUUGUCGUCUUUGGUAACGAUCGAUUGAUUAAAGAAGGUGAUAUAGUCAAACGAACAGGUGCUAUCGUCGAUGUACCAAUUGGUGAUGAAUUACUUGGCCGUGUCGUUGAUGCUCUUGGUAAUCCUAUUGAUGGCAAAGGUCCAUUAAAUACUAAAAAACGAGCUCGUGUUGGUAUUAAAGCACCAGGUAUUAUCCCACGUAUAUCCGUACGUGAACCUAUGCAAACAGGUAUGAAAGCCGUCGAUAGUUUAGUACCAAUUGGUCGUGGUCAACGUGAAUUGAUUAUUGGUGAUCGUCAAACUGGUAAAACCGCUGUUGCUAUUGAUACAAUUAUUAAUCAAAAACGUUUCAAUGAUGCUGGAGAAGAAAAGAAAAAACUCUAUUGUAUUUAUGUUGCUAUUGGACAAAAACGUUCAACUGUUGCCCAACUUGUCAAACGUUUAACUGAUUCUGAUGCUAUGAAAUAUUCAGUUAUUGUUGCUGCUACUGCUUCAGAUGCAGCACCAUUACAAUAUUUAGCACCAUAUUCAGGUUGUGCUAUGGGAGAACAUUUUCGAGAUACAGGUCGACAUGCAUUAAUUAUUUAUGACGAUCUUUCCAAACAAGCUGUUGCUUAUCGUCAAAUGUCACUUUUAUUACGUCGUCCACCAGGUCGAGAAGCUUAUCCAGGUGAUGUCUUUUAUCUUCACAGUCGUUUACUUGAACGUGCUGCUAAAAUGAAUGAUAGUCAUGGUGGUGGUUCAUUGACAGCUUUACCAAUUAUUGAAACACAAGCUGGUGAUGUAUCAGCUUAUAUCCCAACUAAUGUCAUUUCAAUUACAGAUGGUCAAAUCUUUUUAGAAACUGAAUUGUUUUAUAAAGGUAUUCGACCAGCUAUUAACGUAGGUUUGUCAGUAUCACGUGUCGGUAGUGCUGCUCAAACAAAAGCUAUGAAACAAGUUUCAGGUAAAAUGAAACUUGAAUUAGCUCAAUAUCGUGAAGUUGCUGCUUUUGCCCAAUUUGGUUCGGAUCUUGAUGCAGCUACACAAUCAUUACUUAAUCGUGGUGUUCGUCUUACAGAAUUACUUAAACAAGGUCAAUAUGUACCUAUGGCUAUUGAAGAACAAGUAUGUGUUAUCUAUGCUGGUGUUCGUGGUCAUUUAGAUAAACUUGAUCCAUCAAAAAUUACCAAAUUUGAACAAGCUUUCUUACAACAUCUUAAAGGACAACAUAAAGAUAUCCUUGAAUCAGUCCGUUCAAAGAGCGAAAUUACCCCUGAAACAGAUGCUAAACUUAAAGAAAUUGUUCAAAGUUUUGUUGGUUCAUUCAAAGCUUAA